AUGUUUCUCCUGUGGUCUUCGCCCGGUCGGUCGAGGCUAUCGUUCGGUCCGUGGAGGCACGAGCCAAUGUGCUUCUCGGGGUGGUGCCGCUUGCCUCUCAUAUAUCCCAUGUUGGAUCACCAUUUUAAGCUGCGGGUUACCCUGGACUGCAUCUAUGCCUCGACGGCCCUUGCCGCCGCCGGCGAACCGUGGGUCCUUAGGGCGGACGUCAACGUCGGCUCCGUCAACAGCACUGAGAAGCCCGGAAGUCCCGGAAACCGGCCCCGGCUACUAACUGAUCCCCCACCUUAUCAGUAG